GUCUGUUUUUAUUAACCUAAAAUUUGCAAACUGUAAUAAUUUAUAUAGUAUGUCGGGAUCUGGAAUUGAGUUAGGAUUUUUGGAAAAAUGUGAACCGUGGCAAGCGGAAAGUCGAUUGUUUCCUAGUAAAGUAGGAGGGAAACCGGCAUGGUUAGACCUAGAAAAUUUACCAACUCCCGAGCAACUCCAGUGUAAAAAUUGUCAACAAACUAUGAUAUUUUUGUGCCAAAUCUAUGCGCCCUACGAAGAAAAUAUUACCCUUCCAUCCAUAAAUUGCGCUAAAAAUUUUCAUCGCACUCUAUUCGUUUUUGUGUGUAAAAAUUCGAAAUGUUGCCAGAGAAAUACCAGUGAAAAUUUUAAAGUGUUCCGUAGUUCCUUACAAAGGGCUAACAAAUUUUAUCCGUAUGAUCCUCCGGAAGACAGACCUGAUCCGGACUUUUCUUUGAAUAAAUGGGCAAAUUUUUGCAAUUUAUGUGGAUGUAUGGCAGAAAAACAAUGCAGCAAAUGUAAAAGUAUAUAUUAUUGCAGUAGAGACCAUCAAGUACUAGACUGGAGAGAAGGACAUAAAAAGGAAUGUUGCAAUUCAUGUACAGACCGAAAAUCAAAGCUGCUAUUUAUUGAGUGGGAGAUGAUCACGGAACCUGAGGAAAUUGGAGGAAAAAUUGUAAAUGAAGAAGAGUUGCAGAAAUUUAAUAAAUUACAAGAAGAAGGCAAAACGGGAACAAUGAAUGAUGUGUCGGAGACAGAGUUAGAUGAACAUGCUACAGUUGAAGAGGACAAAGCUUUUUCUAAGUUUCAAAAAAGAAUAAAUUGUCAGCCGGAUCAAGUUAUACGAUACCAAAGAGGAGGACAGCCUCUCUGGAUCGCCAAAGAGCCAAUACCUGAAAUAAUUCCCGAUUGCAAUUAUUGUGGUGGACAAAGAAAAUUCGAGUUUCAAAUCAUGCCUCAAAUGCUAACUAUGUUGAAGGAAACUGAUUUAGACUGGGGAGUCAUUGCUGUUUAUACUUGUGUAAAUAGUUGUGCUGCCGGCGACAACUAUAAAGAAGAGUUUGUGUUUAAACAAGAUGUUGAAUUAAAAAAUAUAUAAAAUGUCCCUUGAA